AUGAUGGAAGACUUCAAGAAUAUUGCUGAUGAGACGUUCCCGAGCUACUUGGGCCAGUCCCUGAACAGCAGUGCCAGUGUGGUGUUUGAGAAUAUCACGGUUGCCUCCAAUCCAGGGUUACCUGUCGCUGCUUCGACCGUGGCCAGGAGCAACGAAGCCUGUGGUGACAGGCUUUUUGAUAACUGUGCAUCCUAUUUGGAAGGGAAACAUUCACUUGCAUUAGGAUCUUCUCACUGUAGUGGGUCAGAUCCUGAGCCAGUGGAGAGAUUUGCCCUUCCCUUUCGUGAUGAUACGGAAAUUGCUACACAUGUUAAAGAGCCUCAGCCAACUUCUGUUAGUUUGAAGGAGUCCCACUCAGUAUAUGGAGAGCAAGAUCAGAAUGUUGCUGAGCAUUCAAAUCGCAGUCAAGGUGCCUUGCGUGAAGUCUUGCCACUUGAGCGACUGGAAGAUUUGCCAACUGGAAUAUCUUUUCUUCCAGACAUUAAGAAUAGCAAGGUUGGUUCACCUGAACCUUCUGAAAAGCUGGUAGAAGGUGAAGGUUCAAGGUAUCAUCUAAGCAAUAGCCUUACAAGUUUUUUGGAAAAUGAGAAACUUUUAUCUCUUCCAAGCUCGGAUGAAGAUGUCACUGAUAAUGAUAUUGAUGAUAAGGAAUUCCUUGAUAAUGAACUAGAAGCUUAUUUUGAGCAGCUGAUAAAACCAGAAAUGACAAGAGGAGACACCAGCCUGCAGAAACUUUCAGAAUGGUGUAGAGCACUGAAGCUUUCUGAAAAUGACUUACUUCAAAAGAACCUCCAGGAUUCUGCCAAUUACAAGGCCAUGACAGGAGUAGACUCUGGAAAUUCUAGUGAUGAAGGUUCACAAAAUCAGGGGGUCACUGGAUGCCCUAUGCAAAGAGAGAUGCUGCCCGGAGCAGUACAGCAACUGGAUUCCGUGACUCCUGGCGUGGUGCUGGAUUCCUGCGCUGCCGCUGAGCUGCGACUGGAUUCGCUGUAUCUUCGGUGUGUAGACAGCCAGAGAGAUGAUGUCUCAGAUUUCCUUCCGAAGCAAGAGAUACAGUCCUCUGACAGUCAGGCUGCUGCUUCUGAUGCACAAGUACUACAUGCAGCAAGAGGACCUUUUCUGGGGCAUGAUACCACUCCUGAAGUUAUUCAUAGUGCAAAUGCACCUCAGGCAGAUGCAACCGGAUGCAAAGUUGGUCUUCCUGAUACUUACCUGUCUCCAACUGCAGACAGCUGUGAGAACUUAAGUUUAGCUACAGCAGACAAAGGUGAUUUAGCACAGAGCAUUGUCUACCAAAAUGAAGAGGGCAAAUGGGUGACUGAUCUUGCAUAUUAUACUUCAUUUGAUGAAGAACAAGAUUUAAAACUGUCUGGAGAUGAUAAAAUAAAUGAGUUCAUUACUGGAUCUGAAGCAGCAGCUAUGCUUGCACAAGACCAGGAAGAAUUUGAGAAAGCACACAGACUUAUACAGGCAGAAAAAGCAGACAGUCUAAAUGCAUCUGAGUUAGCAAAUACCUCAUGGAAACCUGCUAGUAGUAUUCUGCUGAGAACGCCUGAUCCUGACAAAGAUGCCAGUUAUUUACGUUUGUCUUUGGGGGAGUUCUUUGGUCAGAGAUCUGAAGCUCUUGGCUGUCUGGGUGGAGGCAGUGAUGUGAAACGGCCAUCUUUUGGUUACUAUAUUACAUCUCCAGAGAAAAGGCAACCUGUUGCUUUGCUCACGCAGUCUGAUUCGUCAGGAGGUGACACCGUUCAAGAGAUUUCACAGUUGUCUGAGGUGUUCCAAGACCAAACAAAAAACCAUGCAAAUUCUACCAGCUCUGAAGGUUCAGGGCAUGGGAUGGAUACUGCAGCUGAAAUACAUAAAAGCAUUAGUACAGAAGCUGCUACAAAAAGUAAAGCAAAGGAUGGAAUUCAUAAAGACAAGUUGGAGGAUGGCUUACCUAAUAACUCUGACUCUGUCCUGAGUAUUAGUACCAUUGCAACUGCUAUUGCCAAUGCUUCCACCAGUGCUGAACCUUCCCAGCUAGCUGCUAUGAUGAUGGCACUGUCUAAUAAAAGUAAAAGAACACAUUUCCUUCCUGGAACUGCUGAAGAGGCAGAAAUCUCUGCUAAUCAGGUGUUAUCCAGCAAUGAGGAAAAUAGUGCAUUCAAUAUGGAAAAAUACCUCAAAAAAACGGAUGAUAACGGACAUGAAAGUGAAUAUGAGAGUAUUUUGAAACACGAUGCAUCUGUCCAGAGCCUUAUAACUGAUACCUUUGUACUGGGUAAAGAUAAAAGUAAGUACGCGCUUGCAGGAGACUUGAACAAGCACAGCAAACAGCAAGAACUAGAGAAGCGAUUGCUGGAUUAUUUUAAUGAAGAAAAUGAUAGUCAGAAUUUUUCUAGGCUGUCUGGUGUUCCCAGUCAUGAAGAUGUAACUUCAGGUAGUGUUAAAUAUUCAGAAAAGUUGUCAGAUUUAGUAAAUAGGAAGCAUUUGCAACCAAUGGGUGCUGAUGUUACAUCCGAUGCCCUCAAUACCCAAACCUUAUCUACUGGAAAUGAAGCCCAGACAUGUGGAAUUCAUUUAGCAGCAAAAAUGGAACUGCCACAUGCUUACCAGAACAACAAUCUCACUAGUAGAUGCUGUAUCAGGGAAGAUACAGAAACAGUGGAUCAAGAAACAAGUGCUGUUCCUGAGCCAUGUAAUGAUUUGGUAGAGAUAAGUACAGGAAAUAAUCCUUCACUUGGCAACCUAAAGCAUGCCAAGCAGUCCAGUAAAUAUGUCUCAGUAAGUCCUGCAAAAGCAAAUCCUGUGCAGAACUUGAACAAUAAUGAAAGGAAGAAAAGUGAAAAAAUAGAGAAGAGCCCCAAAGAUGCCAGUACUGCUUGUGGUGGGAAUGCAAAACAUGUAACUUUCGAGAAGGUGCCCUCAGCUGUCCAGAAUAGUACCGACCAUAAGCCUGAAUGUGACUUGCAGCCUCUGGAGGAUGAGCAAUAUAGCUUCAGACCUUCAACUUCACCUCUAAUUCACUCCUCUCCUAGUGAGACUUCUGGAACAGCAUUUUCAGGGUCUGAAAAGGACUUUACUUGCAUAUCAGGUUAUCAGGAAUCUCCUUGCAAAGAGAAUACACUACCUCAGUCAAGUCCAAGCAUGAGCAGAUUAACUUAUGUCUCUGCACCUGGCAGUACCCAUAAGAACACACCAGCAAUACGUAAUCCAGAGCCAUACUGGGCUGAAAAUGCUAGUGAACUGAGCACAACGAUAAUUCGAGCCAGCCCAGCUCCUUCACAGGAACACACAAAUGAAAAUCUGCAAGACCACUCAUGUCAAAGAAAUAGAAAAGAAGCACUACGUAGUAUUGACCAGAAACAAGAAGAAAAUGAGUUUGCAGGUCUUCAGAGAAAUUUAGAUAAUAUACUGGUUCAAGAACUGCCCAAAGGUUUUUCAAAGACUGAAAAGCAGCUUGCAUCUAUUCCUUCAAACGUAACAGCAAAUCACAAAGAGCUAGACCAUGUUAAAUCAGGUGUACCAAGUAAAUUCUCUGUCUCUCAGCCACUUUCUGUCAAUGCUGAUGCACGAGAAGUGUGUCAGGAUCAAACAAGCAAAGCACAGAGACAAGGUUUACCCAUAUAUUCUGGGUUAAAGACUUACGUGCCAUGCAGUCAAAACUCAUCUGGUGGACAGUAUGUUCCUAUUUCAACCUUUAAGUCCCAUGUCUCUACCUCUGAGAGUCAAGCAAUUUCUUCAUCUGUUCCCACCUUGCUUACAGGACAUCUUCUUGCCACAACUCCAUUUGCACAGCAGCAUCUGGGAAAUAUACCAUCUCCUGUUAAUACAGUUCUGCCUCAGUUUCAUGGUGGCAGCUCUGCAGGUUUUGGCCUUUCAGCGGGGCUUCCAUGUUCUGGCAUCCCAACAGGACAUGUUGAGAAUCCGCUUUUGGUAGGAAUUCCUUUAGGUCCAGGUAUUGGUCCUGGCUCUUUGAGUGCAACUUCAUUUUAUCCACACUCUACUUCAUGGAAUAAUAAUAUCUUAAAUAUAAAAUCAUGUCCUGGACUGCCUCUUGGAGCUGGUAGAAAUGAGUGGGAGUUGUCAAAGUCACCUGGUAUUGGACAUGUAAAAGUACCAGAAGAACUGAAGUUCCCUAACGCCUGUUGUGUGGGAAUCGCAUCACAGACGGUUCUUAGCAUUUACAAUCCCACUGACCGCUGGUUGCAGGUCAGCAUUGGGAUACUCAGUGUUUCAGUUAAUGGGGAAAAGAUGGAUGUUGCGAAAUACCAAUGUCUGGUUUUCAAGAACAGAACCAUCGUAGGAUCCUAUUCUACCAACGAUCUGAAAAUACUUUUCUUACCUCUUCACUCGGGGGUCUUUCAGUUCAUUCUUAAUGUUUCAUCUUGGCCAGUGUCUGCAGAUGCUGAGACAAUAGUUCAGUCAGAAGCUUUGGCAAGUAGAGUAGUUCUGACAGCAGUGGCUGAAAAUCCCAAUUUAGAAGUGGAAGCAGGAAAAGGAGAUUGUCUCGAUUUUGGUGACUUGACUUCUGGCAGUUGGAAGGCUCUUCCUCUAAAACUCAUCAACAAAACCCAUGCUUUUGUGCCAAUUAGGCUUAUUGUUAAUGCAAAUGCAGUAGCUUGGCGUUGCUUCACCUUUUCCAAGGAACCAGUUAAUACUUCUAAUGAACAAUCCCUCCAGAUGGAUGCAGUUUCUCAGGCAGCAGCUCCAUCAGUUAUAAAUCAUGUGAUACAUGCAAGCUAUGAUGGGCAAGAUCCUGAAGCUUUAACUGUUUGGGUUCUGUUCCAUGCACCUAAGAAACAAAGUUCUUGUUCAGAUUCCUUGGGUCCAGCUGAUGAGUUCUUGGCACGAGUGGAUGUGGAAGUGGAUAGCGCAGGACCUAGCACUGUGAUUAAAAGUAUUCCUCUCCGAGCAAGAGCUGGAACAGCAAGGAUACAUGCUCCUAAGGACUUACAGACCAUGCAUCUGUCUACUAGUGUGGGUUCAACAGUCAAGCAGCAGCUGCCAUUGAAAAAUGCUGGGAACAUUGGUGUACAUUUGAAGGUUAAGACAUCAGAUCAGGACAGCUGCAUUGCUGUUGAACCUGAGAGCCUUUUCCUUCUUCCUGGAGAAGAACAAGAAGUGACUGUCCUGUUUUCUCCAGAAAGCAUAACUACUACAGAAAGUACUUUGAAAAUCCUUGUGCUGCCAUCUGGGCCUCAGUAUGAAGUGGUAGUAAAAUGUGAGGUGGAGACCGAGCAAAACAGACCUGUGUCUACAGCUGCUGAGUGCUCAGACAUCCCACCCAUCCUCUCCAACAAGCAGUUCAUUGCCUGGGGACCUGUACCAAUUGGAUCAUCAGUACAGAAGACAUUAACUCUAAGAAAUGACUCUCCGUCUGAGACACAGCAUUUAAGACUGUUGAUAAGAGGCCAGGAUCAAGACUGCUUUCAGCUGCAGAAUAUAUUUGGAUCAGAAGAACGCUUAACUCGUAGCUGGGAACUCAAGAUCCGUCCCAAGGAAGAUACUAACAUACACCUGAUGUUUACACCUACUCGAGUAACUUGCUGCUUUGCAAAGUUGGAAAUCAAACUGUUGGGGAUUCGUCUGCAGCCAGGAAUUAAGUUUACUAUACCAUUAGGUGGAUAUGGAGGAGCAAGCAAGAUAAUUUUAGAAAAUGUUAAAAAAUUGUCAGAUAGUUACCUGAUUACACUGCAUGAAUUACCAUCUGAAAGAUCAAGUAAAACUUCCUUCCACGUGAGAAACGUAGGCUCUCGGGCUGCCUAUGUUAAAGCACUGUGCUUGUCAAACCUACAGUCCAAAACAGUGAUGGAUCCUGGGCUAAUGAAGGUAUCUCCAGAGAAGUUUGUGCUAAGAGAAGGAACACAUGAAGUGGUUACUGUAACAUGGAAUCCAAUGGAAAGAAACAUCCAUGGCACAAACGCGUUGGUAUCGACAGUGUGUUUUUUUUGUGGAGAUGAAGUUUCUAGACAGCAGUAUCGCAGAGCUGUGAUGCUUCAACCUGAGGUAGAAAAACAUAUAAUCCCAGAAAACAGCUUAUUGAAAAAUGUUGUAUUUGAUGAAGAAUUUCAAGGGGAGCAGCAUGUGACAGAAA